CAGCCACGUAGAUACAAUGGCGUCGGUCUGUUAAGAUCACUGCUGCUGAAGUGCAUUGGCACGAUUUUGGAAUCAAUUAAUUCGUUUGUUAUGCUUCUUCUGCGGUCAAACUUCUUAAUUUUUCUUUUCAUCUUCUCACAAUGUGUGCUAAUUAGCAGCAAUGAAAUCAUUUGCGAAUUAGCAGCCUUCUUAGAAGAUACGAAUGAAAGCAAUCCCCAUAAAAUAGACUCAGGGCAGAUAAAAGGAAAGAUCGAGAGCUGUGAUGAUGAGAAUGAACAGAAGUGCAAGCAGAUGGUAGAACUGGAGGCAUCUGUAGGAACAAGUGGUGGAAAUUUCACUCUCUCUAUAGAUGACAGAGAAGGUUAUACUGUAGGAGAUAUUUUGUGCGAUAAAGCGGAUCAUAUAGAAGAAAAUGUACGCAAUAAAAUAGUUCGGAUUUAUUACAAAUUUUGUGCUUCUGAGUGGAAAAAAUCGGACUUCAAAAUGCCUGAGCCAUUAUGUUGCGAAGACGGUCUUUAUGUUCCUUGUAAAAAUUUCUAUCAUGAUCAUUCUCUAUAAAUACUAAGUUUGUAAAUAAAACAAUUUUUAAGUAAAAUA